AUGGCCGGACAAGCGGCGUGGAGCGCGCACGACGCGCAGCCCGCGUGGGCUCUGCUGGCGCCGCUCGCGACGCUGGGGCUGCUGCUGUGCGCGCGCGCCGCGGCGCGCCUGGCGCUGUGGCUGUACGCGGCGUUCCUGCGCCCCGCGAGGCCGCUGCGCCGGCGCUACGGCACGUGGGCCGUCGUCACGGGCGCCACCGACGGCAUCGGCCGCGCGCUCGCGUUCCGCCUGGCCGCGGCGGACCUCGGGCUCGUCCUCGUGGGCCGCAGCCCCGACAAGCUCGCCGCCGUCUCGGCCGAGGUCGGGGCCAGGCACCCCGGCGCGCAGGUCCGCACCUUCGUGCUCGACUUCGCCGGCGACGGCCUCGCCGCGAAGGUGGACACGCUCGGGGAGUUCCUCGCGGAGCUCGACGUCGGCGUGCUCGUGAACAACGCCGGCGCGUGCUACCCGUACGCGCGCUACUUCCACGAGGUGGACGAGGCGCUCGUGCGGAACCUGGUACGGCUCAACGUCGACGCCGUCACGCGGGUGACGCAUGCCGUGCUCCCCGGCAUGGUGCGACGCGGGCGGGGCGCGGUGGUGAACAUCGGCUCCGGCGCCUCCGCCAUUCUGCCGUCCGACCCGCUCUACACAGUCUACGCCGCCACCAAGGCCUAUAUCGACCAAUUUUCAAGAUGCCUCUAUGUCGAGUACAGGAGCAAAGGCAUUGACGUGCAAUGCCAGGUACCAAUGUUAGUGGCCACGAAGAUGGCAUCCAUCAAGACUCCCUCCUUCUUCGUGCCAUCCCCCGAUACAUAUGCCCACACGGCUAUUCGCUACAUCGGGUAUGAACCGCGGUGCACACCAUACUGGACACAUGCACUAUUGUGGCUCCUCUUCUCCCUUGUGCCUGAACCCAUCGCUAACAAGAUGAUCCUCAACGUAGCACUAGAUGUUCGCACCAAGGGGUGGGCCAAAGAUGCCAAGAGGAAGACACAUUAG